AUGAGUCGUAACCCACUCAAACUGCUCAAGGAUAAGCUAGAUUCUAUGAAAAGAGACAGAGAUUAUUGCAACUCUCAAAUCCUCCAAGAAAGAGCCAAACUUGCAGACUUAGAAAAUGAGCUUUAUCGCCUGCAAACUGAAUAUCAAAGAUCGAAAUCUCAAUUAGACGAAAAAGAAGCCCACUUGCAAAGAUUUAACGAAACAAUUAGGGAGAGUGAAAAUGCUUAUAAUAAACUGCUUAUAAGCACAGACAAGCUAAUAACAUCAUUAGAUCAUGAAUCUCAAAAUGUUUCGCGAAAGUUCAAUAGAAAUAAUAAAUAUUAG